AUGUAUGGAUGGAAAAACGGUGCAUGGACUGAACUUGAUGCAAGUUCUAAAGUUAAUAUAGUUGAUGGUAACAUACUAAAGAGAAACGGCAACAGUUGGUGUAAAGCUAUUGCUAUUGAUAAAACUUUAUAUGUAACUGAAAUUGAUACAACAGGAGCUGGAAAAUUAGUAACAGAUUCUGCUGUAAUUUCUUAUGUUGCACAAGAAAUUAAUAAAUUAGGUAAAUUGGAACUUGUAGUUGUUGAUGAAUUGCCACCAGCUGAUGAAACAACAUUAGGAAAAAUUUAUUUAGUUUCUAAAGAAGGAAAAACUGGAUAUACAGAACAUAUUACAGUAAAAGGCGGAACAGAAUCAUCACCAACAUAUGCAUGGGAAGAAAUUGGUGAUACUGAUGUAGAUUUGUCAAAUUAUUAUACUAAGACAGAAGUUGAUAGUUUAUUAUCAAAUAAAGUAGAAAAAGUAGAUGGUAAAGGAUUAUCUACAGAGGAUUUUACUAAUGCUUAUAAGACUAAAUUAGAAGGUAUUUCAGAAGGUGCUAAUAAAGUUGAAGCUUCUACUAUAAAUGGAAACAUUAAAAUUGAUGGUACAGAAGUUAAUGUAUAUACACAUCCAGAAGAAGAUCCAUCUUAUACAACAAUUAAAGUUGGUACAGUUGAAGCAAAAGCAACAUCAACUAAUAAAACAUUAGAACUUACUGGUGGAACUGGUAUUUCAUUAGAAGCUAAAACUGCUUCUGAUGGUGGACCUAAAGUUAUAAUUAAUGCAACAGGAACUGAAGCACAACCAGCAACUGUAGAUACACCAGUAAAAAAUGAAGACGGUGAUGUUGUUGAUGUUGGUAUUGAAGCUUCAAAAAUAGCAGAUUCUAAAGAAAUUGAAUUUGGUAGUGGAUUUAAUGUUAUAGAAGAUGAAAGAAAAUUUUAUGAAAUUUAUGAUUCAUUAAAAGAUCAAUUAACAGAUGCUGAAAAUUUCUUUGGCAAUAAAAUGCAAUAUACACUAAAAUAUUGGUUUACUGAUAUAAAUGGUGAUAGCGCUUGGGUUAUUCCUAGUACAUUAAUUUAUAUACCAACUGAAUGGGGUGGAUGUAAAGGUGAUGAAGUAAUAGGAACAAUUAAUAAUGAUAUAGAUCCAGAUGAAACACCUAUUGAUAUAGAAAUUACACCAAUAAGUUUACAUGUUGAUUCUAAAUAUUGUCGUUGGGAUAUUAGUAAAUAUGGUUCAGAUUAUAAAGCAGUUACUAAUAAUGUUAUAGCAUCAUUUGUUGAUUUCUAUAGUAGUAGAUUUAUUGCUAAAUGUGUACAUAUUGGUUCUGGAACUACAUAUUAUUAUGACGGUAAAGAUGCAGAAAAUCAUUUUGAAACAUUUAAUGGAAAUAAUUUUAUAUAUUGGAAUAUAGGUAAAGCAUUAAUGAUUCCAGGAGAAUAUAAAUGGACCAUUUAUAUGUUUAUGCCAAAUAAUCCAAAUGCAAUUAUUCAACCAGAAUUUGAUGAUAAUGGUAUUAUUACUCCAGGUGAUUAUUAUCAAGUAUAUAAUAAAGAUGGAGUAAAUUACACAGGAACAUUUAUUGUACCUGAUGUUGAUGUUUCAUUAUCAACUGUAGUAUUAGAUGAUUGGGAUGAAGAAAGAUCAUCAUUUACAUGGAAUUGUUUAGGUAAAGAAAUUGAUCCAGUAACACAUGAAGAAUCUGAAGAAAAGAUAGUAAAUGAAUAUGUAGAUGAUUGGACUAUUACUAUUGGUGAUUAUCCACCAUUUACAUGCAAUCCAAUCAAUUUGCAAGGUGAAGUUACUUUAAGUUUACCACAGAUUGAAGAAUAUAUUGGUGAAAAACUAGAACCUGGAAUAUAUGAUUUUACUGUUGUUGCAAAUAGAGAUGAUAAACAAUCAAGUCCAGCGACAAAACAAUUUGAAAUAACACCAGAAGGCAGUGAUGAAAUUACUUGGUGUAAUUUAAACAAUCAAUAUUAUCAUGGUAUUAUUGUUAAUUUUGAAAAUUCAUUUACUUUAAAUAACAUUGAAGCUUAUCAAACAGAUAGAGGAUGGACAGGUCCUAGAGUAUAUGUUGGAAAAAUUGGUGCAUUCCGUGAAGCUAAACAAUUCUUAAUAGCUUAUAGAGAAAAAAUUAAAGAUGAUUUUUUAACAGAUGCACGUAUUGAUAAAUAUAUUGCAAUGCUUGAUGCAGCAGAUGCUAUUCAAUAUGCAACUGAAGAAGAUUAUUUCUACACAGCUCCAGAAUCAAAUAAUGAAGAUUUAGAUGAUUUAGAAGAAAGAGUUUCUACUGUUGAAGAUUCAACAGCUAGCAUUGAUGAUAAACUUAAUAAUUUACAGUUUAUUCAAACUGUAAUGUAUGGAACCGAUGAUGAAGAUAUACCUGAUGAACCAUAUAAUAUAAAUGCAACAGGUUUAACAUUAAAUAGAAAAUAUAAUGAUAGUGAUGAUAUUGAAAUUGUUGAAAUUACCAAAUGGGAUGUUAAAAAUCAAGAUGAUGAACUAUCAUGGAGAAAAUUAAAUCAUGAUGAAUAUUAUACUAAAAUAGGUGUAGAUAAUUUACUUGAUAAAUUUGAUGCAUUACCAUCUAUGGAUGAAGCUGCCCAAGGUGAUGUUUUAACAGUUACUGUUGAUGGUGAUAAUAAAAAAGCCGAAUGGAAAACUAGCAGUAAUAAUGAUAGUAUUAUACGAGAUCUAAUAUUAAACGCUACAUGGGAUGACGAUGUAGGAUAUGUAUUUCCUGAAAAUGCUCAAUCACCAACUAAAGAAAAUGACAAAUUGUUUGUAUUAUACAAUAUGGAAUAUGAUGAUUAUGGUAUUGGUUGGAGACAGCCAACAUAUUUUGAUAUAAAACCUUAUAUUGCUCAAAAAAAUACAAAAGGUCAUCUGUUUUGGUUCGAUAUACCAUAUCAAACAUAUUCAGUGUAUACAAAACGUGGUAUUGAUAAUAUGUAUUGGAAUGAACAUGUUGUAUCAAAACGACAGAAAAUGUAUGGUACAUGGCAAGAACCUUUCGAAAUACCUACUGCUAAUAUGAAUUUUAAAAUUGUGCAUGUUAAUACCGAUGGAUAUAAUAAUCAUGUUACUUUAAAGGGUAAAUAUUGGGGCAAAGCUGACGAUGAACCACAAGCUGAAGAAAAGGAAUCCAUAUUAGGAAGCUUAAUACCUGAUUUUCAAAAUUAUCAAUAUUCAAAUAAGCUAAUAAGUAUUAAACCUGUAUUAGAUGAUGAUGAUCAAUUUGUAUGCAAUGUUAUAGACUUUACUGAUAUAGAUGGUGAUAAAGAAACAGGUAUACAAGUUAAUAAUUUAAAGAUACAAAAUUUAAAUGCAACACCAUAUUAUUUUUAUAAAGACGAUGUAGUUGUAACUGCUUCAGUUAAUUCAUUAUGUUCAAGUAAAAGAUGGAAUGAUGCAACAAUGCAACAAUUUGAUGGUGACACAAGUAAAUUGAACUUUUUAAGAGCUUCUAAUUUAAAUUUUGAAAGAGAUAGUUUAUUUAUUGAAGUUGAAAUAGCAAAUGGUAAUACAUUUGAUCCUGUUAUGUUAACAACAUAUACUUGGUGUUUUAAAGUAUUGACUAAAAAUACACAACCAUUGCCUAGAUUUAAUAACAUAAUAGAUGGAUAUGCUAUAGCUGAAUUGAUAACAUCAUAUCCUUUUUCACCAUCUGAAGCUGAUCAUAUACAUAUAAAUGGUGAUGUUCCUGAUUUAACAUAUACAUGUUUAGCUACACAUCCAUUUUAUACUUCAACUAGUAUUACUGCUAUUAAAGGAAGUAAAGAUGGUAAACAUGUACCAUGUACUAUGAUAUUUAAUGGACAAAGAUCUUUAAAAGAUACAGCUGGAAAUAAAUUUGUGCAUAAUGUUAUUAAAGCUGAAAGUACUAAUCAACGACAAUUACCUGAAUAUUCUACUAGCUGCUUUGGCACAGAUAACAAAGUACCAAAUACUAGUUCUGAAUAUUGGACUCAAGCUGAUUUUCCAGGAUUAAUAAUGGCAUAUUGUGGAGAUGAUGAUAAUGAUGGUAUAUAUGGUUUUGAAGGAAAAAUUGUUUUUAAAACACAAACAAUACUUAAAAUAUCUGAAUCAGAUAAUUUAAAAGAUGAAGAAAGUAAUAAUAUAGCUGAUUAUAUAACAGAAGUUAAGUUAUAA